AUGUCUGGCGCAAAAACCCGCCUGCAGAGCCUCGCGGCGCACUUCCUCCCUUCGUCGCAUUCCGAUGAGGCACAUGCGCAACAGCAACAGGGCGCUUUCACGCAUCGCUACAACUACCACUCCCUCUCGCCCACAAGCUUCCUGCCGCGUGCCGCGGCCAUAGAACCAGAUGCCGAAGCUAUAUACCACGUCACGGCGAACGGACGAGUUUUGCGCCGCUCGUACGAUGAAGCGGCGGACCGAGCGCGCGGAUUUGCUUACUUCCUCAAGAAGCACGGCUACAAGCGUGUGGGCAUUUUGUGCCCGAAUACACCUGCGUUCCUCGAGAGCUUGUUCGGCAUCGCGGCUGCAGGCGCAGUGAGUGUCGGUGUCAAUUAUCGGCUGAAGAAGGACGACAUAUCGUACAUCCUGCAGCAUUCGGACGCCGAAAUUGUCAUCGUUGAUGCGGAGUUUCAAUCGCUUUUGGACGGCUACCGCGAUUUGGCGCCCAAUGUUCCUAUAAUAGUGGAUACAGACACUGACGUGACUGAAGGAGAGCUGAGUGGACAGUUCGACGAGGCUGUGCUGGAGGGUCUGCAAUACGACACGGCCCAGGGCGGCAAAGGUUGGGCGGAUCUUGAAGCGCAGGCACAAAGCGAGGAUGAUUUGCUUGCGCUGGCGUAUACGAGUGGAACGACUGCUCGCCCGAAAGGCGUGGAGUAUACCCACCGAGGCGCCUACCUCGCUACCCUGGCAAACGUGAUCGAGUCCGGGUUGAAUUUUCACACGGGACGGUGUCGAUAUCUGUGGACGUUACCAAUGUUCCACGCGACAGGGUGGACUUUCCCAUGGGCCGUCACCGCCGUGCGAGGGACGCACUAUUGCUUGAGGAAAAUUGACUAUCCCCAGAUUUGGCGGAUGCUAAAAGAGGAGCGCAUUACUCACUUUAAUGCCGCACCUACAGUAAACACGCUUCUCUGCGCUGCCGAGGAAGCAGAACGGCUGCCACAGCCGGUGCGAGUGACGGUUGCCGCGAGUCCGCCGACGGCGCACCUGUUCGAGACAAUGACGAAUUUGAAUCUGUACCCCGUUCACGUGUACGGUCUGACGGAGACGUACGGCCCCAUCACCAAGGGAUACCACCUGCCGGCGUGGCAAGAGCUGCCUGACAAAGAAAGGUACGCGAGAAUGGCGCGCCAAGGCCACGGUUUCUUGACAAGCUUGCCGGUUCGAGUGAUAAAACUCGACCAGCCGGGCGGCGCAGUCGUCGAUGCGGCGAAAGACGGCAAAGAAAUCGGCGAGAUAGUCUUCACGGGCAACAUCUGCGCGAGGGGUUAUUACAAAGACCCCGAGGCGACGAAGAAGCUGUUUGCUGGCGGUGUUUCGCAUUCCGGCGACCUUGCCGUGUGGCAUCCGGACGGCGCGGUGCAAAUCCUCGAUCGCGCAAAGGACAUCAUCAUCAGCGGCGGCGAGAACAUAUCGUCGGUCGCGCUGGAGAGCAUGCUGGUGACUCAUCCGGAGGUGCUGGAAGCGGGCGUGGUGGCCGUUGCCGACUCGCACUGGGGGGAGCGACCCAAGGCGUUUGUGACGGUGAAGGCGGGCAGGCAGGUCAGCGGGGCGGAGGUGAUAGAGUGGGCGAAGCACCAGAGCCAGAUCAGCAAGUUCAUGGUGCCGCGCGAGGUCGAGGUGGUAGGGGAGUUGCCCAAGACGUCGACGGGCAAGGUGAAGAAGAAUGUGCUGCGCGAAUGGGCCAAGGGCGCAGACAGGCACGCGGUGAAAUGA